AUGUGGGUUCCUGCCGUGGCGAAUCUGCUCUUGCUGUCCCUGGGCCUUCUGGAAGCAAUUCAGGCCCAGAGCCACCUGCUCUAAUGUCUAGACCUCUUCUCUUAGGUGACAGAUCUGGACAUGGCCUAUGCCUCCUUUGAUGACCAGUAUGUCGGCUGUGCAGCGGCCAUGACGGCUGCCCUCCCGCAUCUCCAGAAAUGGGAGUUCCAGGCCAACAAAGUGUAUGCCGACGGCUGGGCAGAGGCAAGCCGCAAGUGGCGGGAGCGCCAGGCCCGCCCAUUGCCUGCGGGUUUCCGGGAGGAGCACGGGGUGGCCUUGCUGGCCUACACAGCCAACAACAGCCCCCUGUACAGGGAGUUCAAUGCCGCAGUGCGCCAGGCGGGCCACUCCCGGGCCUACUACCUCCAGCACUUCUCCUUCAAGACCCUUCACUUCCUGCUGACUGAGGCCCUGCAGCUGCUGAGAAGGGACCAGGGACUCUCCGGGUGCCGUCAGGUGUUCCGGGGUGUGAAAGGCCUGCGCUUCCGGCCAGCAGGACCCGGGGCCACUGUCAGGCUGGGGGGCUUUGCCUCUUCAUCCCUAAAGAAAGAUGUGGCCCAGAAGUUCGGCGAGGACUCCUUCUUUGUCAUCUGGACCUGCCUCGGGGUCCCAAUCCAGGGCUACUCCGCCUCCCCUUGGCAGGCGGAGGUGCUGAUCCCCCCCUCUGAGACCUUCCGGGUCAUCACCGCCAGCAGACCGGAAGAGGGCCCUGUCCACAUCAAGCUCCAGGCGCUGGACAAGCACAGCUCAUACAACUGCGAGUACAUCAAAGGUGAGGAAGACGCACCUCGCCCUCUUCACCUGUCGUCUGCAGCCUCAGCUCAGGAGCGCCUCUCCACGACCUGGUCCCUCCUGCUGCUGCUCGCGUUCCUUGCGGUGGGGCCCUUCCCAGGAUGCCCAGGCCUCUUCUGA